CUAGUCCAAAACAAAAAUAAGUACAUUUAUAUUGUAUAAUUAAAUAAAAAAAAUAAGGGCGGAAAAGCCGCUUGAACCAACCGACAGACAAGGAGAAGCAUUGAGUUAGUUUUCUUGGCUUGGAAUUGAAGGGAUAUGAAUAGGUAUGGCAGUUAGAACCACUCUCUCUUCUCUCUUCUCUCUUGCGCUCUUUCACUCACUACUCAUUCUUUCUCUCUCUCAUUAUUUUUUUCACUCUCUUAGACACAUGUUCAUCAUAAUAAACAUUUCUAUUUUAAAAAAAUUAGCAUCAGACAAUAUCACUGAAUGUGCGGACAUCCUUAGCCUUAGAGCUUUAUGUUGUUUCGACUCGGCGGCGCCACCAGUAUACUACACGGUCGUGGAAAAAGUCUCUUAGCCUUCUCCCUCCUCCCACUUGUCACACAAUUAUACACUAUGUACUCUCAGUCCUCUCAAUGAAACUCUCUCUCAUCCACAAAUUUCACAGGAACCAAUACUCCAACUAAAAACAAGGAGACUACUGGUGCCUCUUAUUGUUAUUAUUAUUAUCACCAUUUGUUUUUUUAACACCAUACAACUCAACACCACCUUUCACUACAAGAACAAACUCCUCUUCCUCUCUCUUCCAUUAUCACAAUAUAUACUACUAUCUCUCUCUUUGUUUCUUUACUAUAAAAAUUUGAAGACGAUUUGUUUUUGUAUAUUUAUUUAAUAAAUAGAUAUAUAUUAAUCGAUAGAUGUAUGCAUGGCUUUGAUUGUGGACAAGCAACAACAACAAACAAACUUGAAGCACUUCUGUAGAAUUUGCAAGAAAGGUUUUGGGUGUGGGAGAGCAUUGGGAGGGCACAUGAGAGCUCACGGAAUAGGCGACGAGAGCAGCCACCUGGACGAAGAUGACGCCGCUAGCGAUUGGGAGGAGAAGCUUGCCUUGGGCGACAUUCCGGCUACCAACAAGCGAAUGUAUGCCUUGAGAACCAACCCUAACAGGCUGCGGAGUUGCCGGGCCUGUGAGAAUUGCGGCAAGGAAUUCAUGUCAUGGAAAUCUUUUCUUGAGCACGGUAAAUGUAGCUCCGAAGAUGCCGAGUCUCUCCUAUCUUCACCAGAGUCCGACGGUGAUGAAACGGGCCGAGGGAGGGGCUGCAAUUGGUCAAAAAGAAAAAGAUCAUUCAGAGCAAAAGUUGGGAAUUUGGUAAUAAAUAACUCCUCUCAUAUUUGUCCUUCUAGUGAGGAUGAAGACUUAGCCAAUUGCUUGAUGAUGUUAUCGAAUGCUGCUGUUGAUCCUUUAACGGCCGCUGAGCCGGAGGAGUCUUGUGCUUCGGCAAGCAGAGAAGAAGAGCAAAUUCGAAGAAACACCAUCAGCUUCAACAUUGCACCAAUAUCAUUUAGGCUUCCGGUUGAGAAUAAUCGCAAUCUUAAUAAUAGUAACAUCAAAGCCAAAGCAGUAGCCAAAGGUAAUUUGUUCGAGUGCAAGGCAUGCAAAAAAGUCUUCAAUUCCCACCAAGCUUUAGGCGGACAUAGAGCCAGUCACAAGAAAGUGAAAGGCUGUUUCGCUGCCCGGCUAGACAACGUCCAACUGGAUGAUAGCCUUCCCUCCGUCAUGGCCGAUGAUGAUGCUAUCACCCAGGACGAAUUUUUCCCUACCAAAUCAAAUUCAACCUUACAAUUGGAUCAUCACCACCGCUCCAAUUCCCCAAUAGCCUCCACAUCCAAACGAAAAUCAAAGGUUCAUGAGUGUUCCAUAUGUCACCGAAUUUUCUCUUCCGGACAAGCUUUAGGAGGCCAUAAAAGGUGCCAUUGGAUCACAUCCAACACUACUGCUGCAGCGGACACUUCAGCGGCUUUGUCUAAGUUCCAACAGUUUCAAGAAAGCAUGGAACUACAAAUUCAUCAUCAUCAAAGCCGGCUAAGGAGACCCAAGUUCGAGGGUAAUGCUGAUGAUAAUGAUAAAGAUGAAGCCCUUGAUUUGAAACUCGACCUCAAUUUGCCGGCACCAGGGGGUGGUGAUAUGGCAAGAUCAGCUAGAACAGAUCAUCACCAUGGGAUCAGUAGAGCGGUAGUAGUACCAAGCUUUGAGGUGUCAACAGAGAUUUACCUGCAGCCGUGGAUGGGGCCACCGAAAGACGAUCAUCAAGAAGAUAAUCAUCAUCAACACCAUAGAGAAGUUGACAAUUACGUGAUUAACAAGGAAGAACACAACAACAACAACAACAACAACAACAACAACAACAACAACAACAACGACAACAGUAAUAACAUCAUUAUUAACACAAACAACAACAACAACAAUACUACUAGUAAUGGAACUUAUACUAUGCAGAAUAAUAUUAUGGUGGAAGAUGAAGCUGACAGUAAGGUGAAAUUAGCAAAGCUAAGUGAGCUUAAGGAUAUUAACGUUAAUGAGGGUUCCUCUCCCUGGUUGCAGGUAGGGAUUGGUUCAACGAUUGAUGUUGUUGGAGUUGGCCCUUAAUUAAAAGUGAGGACUUUUCUCCAUUUUUCACUUCUCCUUUCCAUUUUUUUUUUAAAUAUAUUGAGAAACUGUAUAAUUAGAGUACUUAAUAUAGUUCAUAUAAUUGCUACAAAAAAAAAUUUAUAUGUAUACAGUUCAUAUAUAAUUAAAUACUUUAUUAUUAAUUCUUGUUAAUUUAAAUUAUUGUAAAUGUUGGUUGGGACAACGGGCCCAAUCUGAUCAUCCAAACUUAUACCAGUCAUCAAUGUAUUCUUAAUAAAAGAAAAAAAAAAAACAAAUUGUAUUUAUUUGAUUC